AGACAUCUCCGAAACACCGCGCUGCCCACUCUUGCUUUUGUCACCUCACGCUUUCCACCACCAUCCCACCUGAUUCAACGACCUCAUCACCUAUCCCCGCCGCAUCGUCUCUUUGCCAUCGGCGUCUUCGCAUCAUGGCAACUCUACGGACGAGCGGGCCCUCAAUAGCGACAAUAUUCCGCUUCGCCUCCCAACCAGCCGCCACAAGAAGAUGCACACGCUGUCUACGAGCGCAGAGAUGUCCCUUUUCCUCCUUCCGACCAGCCCAGCAAUCCUCCAAACGACCGCUGAUGACCGAGACCGCGCGACCGCAAACUCUCUCCUCCUCCGUGCCGCCGCCACCCCGGAAUGAAGGUAUCCCGGAGACGAGCAUAUCGAGCGGCGAUCAGAAGACUUGGCCACCUACCGCGCCAUGGGAGAGGAAAGACAGCAGAGAAGUGAGUGAAAGGGAAAGCGAAGCGCAGAAGAGCAAGCCCACGGCCGCCGGCGCCGGAACUGCCACCACGCAAACCGCCUCUACUCCUAAGAAAUCCAAACUCCGUCCCCGCAAGGCGCCCAUCUCCCUCACCCCCACCGCCGUCUCGCAACUGCGCGGCCUCUUCGACCAGCCUGAAUCCAAGAUGAUUCGAGUAGGCGUGAAGAAUCGCGGCUGCUCUGGCCUGGCAUACCAUCUCGAAUACGUUGACAAGGCCGGCGCCUUCGACGAGGCAGUGGAGCAGGAUGGAGUGAAGGUGUUGAUUGAUAGCAAGGCGCUAUUCAGCAUUAUUGGGAGUGAGAUGGAUUGGCUGGAGGACAAGCUGAGUGCGAGGUUUGUGUUUCGGAAUCCGAAUAUCACUGAACAAUGCGGCUGUGGCGAAUCUUUCUCUGUCGGAUAGACUGUUACAACCAUCAUCGUACAGCAUUAUUGAGUCACCUGAAAGCGUUCAUGAGCGAGCAUUCAACCGCGAUACAGGGCGAAUAUACAGAGAUCUAAAU